AUGUUACUCUACCAAACCCCAAGGAACGAGCAAAUUCCCGACUUGCCAAGGCGUCUAAUGUCCACUAUUCUAACGUACACCUUCGCCUCUCGCAGCCUAGGCCCCGCGGCCCAGCACCCAGUCUAUGUACGACAUCGAUAUCCCGAGUCCCAGAUGGCAAAGAAGCACAAAGAAAGAAAAGAAGGACACUCGGCAGGCUCGACUCGAUAUGGCCGCACACCUUCCUUCUUUGGCGGCUCCGUCUCCGUCCAGCAAAUCGCUCAGAAUGUAGACCCCAUACUCCAUCCUCGCGUCAACACAUCAGUGCAUCAAGAUCAGAAACGAAACCCAGCAAAUCCGCUUCAUCCAUGA